GCUAGAGAAAUGUAUUAUAAACAAUAAGGAAAGCAACUAGAAUAUCUUGAAAUGUGUUUUUAGGAAAGUUACACUGAGAUAGGAGUUCAGUCAAUGAUUACAUGGGUAUGAAGUGAAAUGUCACCAGAAGGUGGAAUUCCUGGCUCACUCAAGGCAGUAGAAAUUUUGCCAUCGAGGUAAAUUCUGCCCUUCUGCAGUUCAAAGGCUCCAUAGCCUUAAAACAAACAAACAAACCCCAGAUGCUGCAUUCAUGACUGUAGGAGUAAACAUCAUGGGAUGUUUUUCAUCGUAUCCAGUAGCUGCCUUUGACCUUCUUGUAGCAAAUUUUAGUGAAUGAAUCUUUAGAAAUCUGCUCCUUCUUAAAGAGGACGAGAAGGUCAAAAUAGCUGGAGCCACAACUGAAAACUAAGUGCGUCAGGUUUAGCAUCACUCCACAGGAAAGCAUCCUGUAAGGAGACAAAGCAAAGAAGGCUGUAGGUGCCCUCCCCACCUCCCUGCCACGCACAGUAUGGGAAGGUGGCAGGCCUGCAGUCUGGAGCGUGGGAAUGGUGGGUUCCAUCUCUGAUCCAGGUCUCAUGGGAAAACCAAAGUCCUUCUAGAGUGGGUCUGUCUUUUUGCAAUACUGAUAGUUCCUCUUCUCUCUGACAGGGAAACUGUACUCUGGCAAGAUGCUCUCUGUCUGGUGUGGCUGGGAGCCAGGGAUUGGCUUACACCAACAGCAGGAAGCUUGUAGUAAAUGGCUCCGGUGUCUUCACUGUCCGUUACUUCAGAACCACUGCAGUACAUAGGGAUGAUGUGGUUACAGUGAACACCCCAGCCUUUGCAGAGUCAGUCACAGAAGGAGAUGUCAGGUGGGAGAAAGCUGUUGGAGACACAGUGGCAGAAGAUGAAGUGGUGUGUGAGAUUGAAACAGACAAGACAUCAGUGCAAGUUCCAGCCCCAGCGGCUGGUGUGAUUGAAGCCCUUCUGGUACCUGAUGGUGGCAAAGUGGAAGGGGGGACACCCCUGUUCAAACUCAGGAAAACUGGAGCUGCUCCUGCCAAGGCCAAACCAGCAGCAGCCCCUCCUCCUCCUGCAGCCCCUGAACCGGUAGCUGCAGCUGCUCCUCCCCCUGCUGCAGCACCAAUUCCCACUACAAUGCCACCAGUGCCAUCUGUGUCAGCUCAGCCUAUUGACAGCAAACCAGUGUCUGCAGUGAAGCCGGCUGCAGCCCCAGCAGCAGCCCCUCCUGGGGAGGCAGUGCCCAGCAAAGGUGCCAGAUCAGAGCACAGGGUGAAGAUGAAUAGGAUGCGUCAGCGUAUUGCUCAGCGGCUGAAAGAGGCUCAGAAUACUUGUGCCAUGCUGACCACUUUCAACGAGAUUGAUAUGAGCAACAUCCAGGAGAUGAGAGCUCUACACAAGGAUCCUUUCCUGAAGAAGCACAACCUGAAGCUAGGUUUCAUGUCAGCUUUUGUGAAAGCUGCAGCUUUUGCUCUGCAGGACCAGCCCGUUGUGAAUGCAGUGAUUGAUGACAUGACCAAAGAGAUUGUGUACAGGGACUAUGUGGACAUCAGUGUCGCUGUAGCAACUCCCCGGGGUCUUGUGGUCCCUGUCGUUAGGAAUGUUGAAAACAUGAACUAUGCUGACAUAGAACGUGUUAUCUCUGAGUUGGGGGAGAAGGCACGGAAGAAUGAACUGGCCAUUGAAGACAUGGAUGGUGGCACUUUCACAAUCAGCAACGGAGGGGUUUUUGGGUCACUCUUUGGAACACCUAUCAUUAACCCGCCCCAGUCUGCCAUCUUGGGCAUGCAUGCCAUUGUCAACAGGCCUGUGGCUGUGGGAGGCAAGAUCGAGGUGCGGCCCAUGAUGUAUGUGGCUCUGACGUACGAUCACCGGCUGAUUGAUGGCAGAGAGGCAGUGACUUUCCUGCGCAAGAUCAAGGCAGCGGUGGAGGAUCCCCGCGUGCUGCUGCUCGACCUGUAGAGCAGCCACACCCCCACACAACCCACCCAGGGCAGGGCCACAGCACCAGCAGGGGUAAUCCAGGGCAUUCAGGAACUGGCAGGGGUCAUUCCAGUCUCCCUCCCUCCGCUGUGAUCUGAGCUGUCCCAGAGGGAAUUGUGGGGAUAGCUCCUACCUCCUUUCCUAUUCUGUUUAACAAAGGUUCAAUUUCUCACGAGGAUUGCUACCCAGUGGGCCAAACACUGAAUGGCGCUGCCUUUCCAGAACCAUCUGUAUGGCGUCCUCUCCCUCACAGCACCAAACUCUCACCUCUAGCUUGUCCUGUACCACUGGAAACUGCUUGCUGCUACUGUGCUAGGGUACCUUUCCCUGCCACUCCAAGGCGGGUUCAGCUUUAUUUCCUAGCACCAAGGUUCCUGGGAGGGAGAGGAGAGGAAAGGCUACUGUUCUUUCCCUGUUCUGCUUGAAAAUAUUUCACACUCAUCUGCCUUGCAAGGGCAGUCUGGGGACCCCAGGCCACUUGCAGCAGAGGUUUUGAUCAGAGCAGGGCUCGAGGUAGGUGUCUUGCCUCUGGCAGUGCCCUAGUUACACUCCCUCCACAGACAGGAUUGCAGCGGUGGCAGUUCCCCUGCUUUCCCUUGGAGAUUGUUUGUCUCUCUCCAUCCUGGUCACUGUGGUGUGAAUGUUCAUGUCCGGGUGGGCAGAGCACUGUUCCUGGGGGGACAACCCUUUCACCAUUACAUGCCCAACACAGGGGCAAGAACCAGCCCCCAGCGGCUGUCCUUGAAUCACAGCUCACUGAUGGUGGGUCUGACUGCUGGCUUCCUGCGUGCGGGGCUUGGCCUGCUAUCAGCAGGGAGACAGCUGGGGAGGGCCAGGCCUUUAAUGUAUAUCCCAGCCCAAGGCUGCUGUUUUUGGGGGGAGGGGGGCAGUCCUUAAUCUGAUAGCGCACACAUGUACUGGGGAGUGAGGGGGUUGCUAGUGCCUGCAGAGUCUAUUACUCUUACCCUCUACACAGAACUUGUAACUAAAAUAUUUAACACAGCGGAUUUUAAAUGAAAUAAAACUGGGCAACGACUGC